AUGGUGCCAGAGAAAGCCGACAUUGGCAUUGCCAUGGGCAUCACAGGCUCCGAUGUGUCCAAGCAGGCGGCCGACAUGAUCCUCAUGGAUGACAACUUUGCGUCUAUUGUGACGGGCGUGGAAGAAGGCCGCCUGAUCUUCGACAACCUGAAGAAGUCCAUCGCUUACACGCUGACCAGCAACAUUCCAGAGAUCUCCCCUUUCCUUCUCUUCAUUAUCUUCGACAUCCCGCUGCCCCUGGGCACCAUCACCAUUUUGUGCAUCGACCUGGGCACCGACAUGGUGCCCGCCAUCUCCCUGGCCUACGAGAAAGCCGAGAGCGACAUCAUGAAGAGAAAGCCGCGGAACGCCAAGACGGACAAGCUGGUGAACGAGCGCCUGAUCAGCAUGGCGUAUGGGCAGAUCGGCAUGAUGCAAGCCCUUGCUGGGUUCUUCACCUACUUCGUCAUCAUGGCCGAGAACGGGUUCCUGCCGUCCACCUUGCUGGGGAUCCGCCUGGACUGGGACGACCACACCGUAAAUGACCUGGAAGACAGUUACGGCCAGCAGUGGACGUACCACCAGCGGAAAGUGGUGGAGUACACCUGUCACACCGCCUUCUUCAUCAGCAUCGUGGUCGUCCAGUGGGCGGACCUCAUCAUCUGCAAGACCAGGAAGCUGUCCCUUUUCCAACAGGGCAUGCGGAACGAGAUUAUGGUCUUCGGCCUGAUUGAAGAAACCACCUUGGCGGUGUUCCUUUCCUACUGCCCAGGGAUGGAGGUGGCUCUACGCAUGUACCCGCUCCGAGUGACCUGGUGGCUGUGUGCCCUCCCCUUCUCCGUGCUCAUUUUUGUCUACGAUGAAGCCCGCAAGUUUCUUCUGCGGCGUUAUCCGGGGGGUUGGGUUGAGCGGGAGACUUACUACUGA